AAUCACGUGAUCAGUUCACGCCCGCAGCGCAGUAUCACUGUGGCGGAAGCUCGAAAGCGAAUGAAAGGAUGCAGUGAAGAGAGGUAAAUAGGAAAAAGCGGGAAGAAAGUGCUCGUUUUGACUGAAGUUUUAAUAACAUUUUGUGCACGUCGGAGAACACAAAUCUUAAACUCACGGUCCCAUAUUUGUGGCAAACGGGAAAGCAGCUGAAGUCCUUAGGCGCAGUUUGAUAGGCCCGAUUAACCGCUACCAUCUUUUGGGGGUCAUGAUUCUGGGGACCUAUACGGGGCCGCCAUUUUGGUAGAUAGCGAACUGCAGCUUCACGUUUGCGCAGGCCUUCAUUGUGCGAAGAGGAGGAUUUACGCAGAGAAAUAUUUCUUCUGAAUUUUUUUUCUCGGACGAAGAGAGAUGGUUUAUUUUCAAUUAGAGAAGUCAAAUGAAACUGCGUCCAGAUCCAGCAGUCACUCUAUUUCUCACACGCUGAUUAUCACGGGUUUGAACAUGGAAAGAAAAAAACAUUAUUCGUACUAGGGAGAGCUUCUACACAUGCUCUGUGUGAAAGAGUUUUCAAACGUUAAUCUGAAAUGUCAGAACACCAGUGCAGUCACACUGAGGAGAGACUGUGGAAGUGUGGGGAUUGCGGGAAGGGAUUUCGUUACCCAUCCCAGCUGGAAACUCACCAACGCAUUCACACUGGGGAGAGACCAUUCAUCUGUGCUGUGUGUGGGAAAGGAUUCACUCGGUCAUCCCAUCUUCUCAUACACCAGCGACGUCACACUGGGGAGAAACCAUUCAUCUGCUCUGUGUGUGAAAAAAGCUUUGCUGCUUCAUCCUACCUGCUUGAACAUCAGCGAGUUCACACUGGAGAGAAACCAUUCACAUGCUCUGUUUGUGGGAAAGGAUUCACUCAGUUAUCCAGCUUGCUGAGACACCAGCGAAUUCACACUGGAGAGAAACCUUUCAUCUGCUCUGUGUGUGGAAAGGGAUUCAGUCAGUCAUACAACUUGCUAACACACCAGCGAUUUCACUCUGGGGAGAAACCAUUCACCUGCUCUGAGUGUGGGAAGGGAUUCACUGAGUCAACACACCUGCUGAUACAUCACCGCAUUCAUACUGGAGAGAGACCAUUCACUUGCUUGGAGUGUGGGAAGGGAUUCACUCGGUCAUCCCACCUACUGAGACACCAGCGAGUACACACUGGAGAAAAGCCGUUUGUUUGCUCUGUGUGAGGGGGUGGGGGGAUUCACUCUGUAUUCCGUCUUGCUAAUACACCAGCAAGUUCACAAAGAACCCCAGUUGAGGGAUUUUGCUCUUACUCAUACCACAUAAUGAUGUCUGCUUAUUGGCUGUUUAUACUGAUCUUAUUAAAUCCUGCUAUAUUAAAAGUGCCAAUAUUGUACCAAAAUAUUAAUACAAUGGUGUAUCUUUGGGAUGAGGUUUUGGAAAUGAUUCCAAGUCACUGCGAGCAUGCAUUCACACUGGGUUUGAAUCCCAUCAGUCAAGACGUUUUAUUGCAGUCUGCUUGCUGUUGUAGUGUGGUUGAGCAAUCUUAGGUUCUGGUUUUACUUGUCAGUUUAUAUCAAGUUAGAGAGAUAUGCGUGGAAAGUUCUUUACACAGAGGGUGGUGGGUGUCUGGAACGCGUUGCCAGCGGAGGUGGUAGAUGCAGACACGUUAGCAUCUUUUAAGAUAUAUUUGGACAGGUACAUGGAUGGGCAGGGAGCAAAUGGACACAGACCGAUUUAAAAAGUAGAUGACAGGUUAGAUAGAGGAUCUUGAUCGGCGCAGGCUUGGAGGGCUGAAGGACCUGUUCCUGUGCUGUAAGUUUCUUUGUUUCAAAUCCUACCCCUGCUGAAGCCACAGGCAUUGUCCCUCAAUAGGACAUCUACAAGGCUAAACAUCCUGAGAGAUUAGUUGCAACUAAUGUUAAUGAGAAGAACAAGGAAAGGCUAGAACAGGAUUUUCAGUGAAAUAGUCUUAACCUGAGAGUGAAGAAAUAGAGAAUCAUGUUUGUUAAAUAUUGACUGAAUGCAGCCAUCUGGCAGUUAUGUCCAUCUAAACCCACACAUUUUGACUGAUUGUCCCAAAAAUGACAAUGAGCCUGAGCUACACUUCAGAAGGAAAAAUAAACUCACCACUGGUUUCCUCAUCCCUUGCUCCACACUGUGACACAGGGACAGGCAACGGGAUUUGACCCCAUACACUCCAAUCUCCCAAUAAAACAGCAGUGACCACUUUCUGCUGGCAAGCAGUGGCUGACUUCAUAUCACAGGGCGGUGAGAUCCUACAAACUGUGCCAAACAGCUCAAUGCACUGAGAACAGGCUCAGGAGCAAGCAGGGAAGUUAUACCCUACUUACAAAGCCUCCACGUGGGAUUGACUCAUUCCCCGAGUGAGUGAAAAGUUUCCUUGAUCUUCCAAUUGGCAAACCUCGGCUGAUACAAUUUGUGGAAUCCUGAUCCCCGUGAAUGUUUCUCCUGAUAUUGAAAGGAUGAAAAUUAUUUUAAAUUUGGCAACACCAGCAACAAAUUCUUCCUAUUCCUUUGAACCUUUAUAACUGAGUUCUGAAAAUCCAGUCCCCAGUAUGAGAAAUGACAAAACUUGCUGAGACAGAAAAUAGAGAUCUGAAGAGUUGCAUAUAACUCUGCAGACAGAUAUGAAUUUCUUACAGUCUGUAACAGAAAUGACUGGGUUUAUUGAAACAGAUUCACAGUUUUAUUCACUGUUUUGCAGACAGUCCUAGAGUCACAUGGGCAGCUAAAACAUGAGGGCACUGAUACUAAAAUAUAUGAAUAUUGAAUGUUAAAUCCUGGAACAUGUGCUGAAAGUGGAUUGCAAUGUUCUGAAGGAGUUUAUAACUGAGGAGUGGAAGAUGAGAAUGUAAAUAUUGGUGAAUGAGUAGAAUGAACUGCAGCCUUGAUAUUUUCUCUAUAAAUGACUUUAGCAUCUUAAAUUCAGAGGCGCCAGGUGGGUUUUCCUCUGUGAAAAGGGAAACUAACUAACCAGUUAUAUGCAGCUCACUCAUUGGUAGAUCAUGGGUGUCUUAAUUUCAGGCUCAUCUAGAUCAUGUGCCAUUGUUUUACAGCUUUGUCUUGUGUUCAAACGGGAUCUCUUCUGUUUUUAUUCAUGUCCCAGUUGGUGGCGCUUGAGUGGAAACCACUUCUGCUUCAGUUUGUCAGUGUCGCUGAAUGUAUACAAGGACGUAAUCUGUGGACCAAAAUAACUGCUCAGUAUCACAGAAUGAGAAUGGACACUGUCUGGGUGGACUGCUAAGGAUGACUCUGUUAAAUGAACUCAAACCAGAAUGAACUGUUCAGAAGAUAAGGAGAAAGACAUAAGGGAACUGCCCCUGAACAUCAUUUUGAUUGGAUAAUCUUCCUGUGUGUGUUUCUUCAAUAAAAUGUUGACUGCCUGUCAUGCAGCGAAA